UUGUCUGUGUGACCAUGUCCUGUGGCAGCCUGUGUGUCCCCUCCUGUGGGGUGGCCACCCCGGCCCCUCUGGCUGACACGUGCAACGAGCCCUGCGUGCGGCAGUGCCCCGACUCCACGGUGGUGAUCCAGCCCCCGGCCUCAGUGGUCACCUUCCCCGGGCCCAUCCUCAGCUCCUUCCCCCAGCAGAGCGUGGUUGGCUCAGCAGGAGCCCCCGGCGUUGGAGGGGGCUACGAUCAGGUCUCUAAAUCCAGAAAGCUGGACAAACCUUAG